AUGGAGGGUGGUGAGAGAAUCGGAGAAGAUAUGGAUCUCGUUCAUUCGGAAAAUGCUGCUGCUACUGCUGGUGGUGGUUCCGUUUCUCAGGAUCAAGAAAUGGUUGAUCAAGGUGAUGCUGAUGCAACAAAUGUCCAUUCUACCCCUACUCCUCAGGCUAAAGUUAAGAAUGUGGCAGAAAUGAAUAAUCAUAGUGUGAUAAACAGUGCUGGCGAGAUGAGUGGUUAUGAUGAGACUGGUACUGCUUUGGAACGAGAAGCGUUUAUGAAAGAGCUUGAGAGUUUUUAUAGGUCGAGGUCCUUGGAAUUUAAGCCUCCUAAGUUUUAUGGAGUGCCAUUGAAUUGUCUCAAGUUAUGGAGAGCUGUUAUCAAAUUGGGUGGCUAUGAAUUGGUAACUGGAUCGAAGUUGUGGCGGCAAGUAGGAGAGUCUUUCCACCCUCCUAAGACUUGCACAACAGUCUCAUGGACGUUUAGAAUCUUUUAUGAGAAGGCGCUUUUAGAAUAUGAAAAGCAUAAGAGAGACACCGGGGAGCUACAGCUCCCUGUUGGAUCACUCCAUCAACCUUCAAGUGUGGAAAAAGAGACCACUGUUUACCAGGCUCCAGGCUCAGGUAGGGCAAGAAGGGAUGCAGCAGCACGGGCAAUGCAAGGUUGGCAUGCUCAGCGCCUUCUUGGAUAUGGUGAGGUUGCUGAGUCAGCUGUUAAGGACAAGAACUUCAGUCCCACACCAAAACGUGAAAAGAACCUCAAAAGUAUUGGUGUGAUCAACAAACAGAGGACACCAUCUGGUAUGGACCAUGCUGACAAAGCUGCAAAUAUAGAAGGAGACAGGCAAUUGGUCACUGCAGUAGUGGACAUUGGACCCCCGGCUGACUGGGUCAAGAUCAAUGUGCGGGAAACGAAGGAUUGUUUUGAAGUGUAUGCACUGGUUCCUGGGCUCCUUCGCGAGGAGGUGCGAGUCCAAUCCGAUCCAGUUGGACGACUUGUUAUAACUGGUACGCCAGAGCAUGUUGACAAUCCAUGGGGUAUCACCCCCUUCAAAAAGGUUGUGAACUUACCUGCAAGAAUUGAUCCACUUCAAACAUCUGCUAUUGUUAGUUUGCAUGGACGACUAUUUGUACGCGUUCCUUUUGAGCAGGGAGCUGUAUGA